AUGACCACAGCCUGGCUCGCAGCCACCGAGGUCAAGCUCAAUGCACGAUCUGAGUAUCUCACCUGUGCAAUCUCAGCGCUGCGUGCUGUGGUUUGUGCCGUGAUGGACUCCCAGGGAUCGAGCCCAAUGUGCACGAGCUGUAAAGUUCUGCUUAUCAUUGGCUGCACGUUGGGCGGUGCACGCGCGCUCGCGCCUUUCACUGCGGAAGCAAUACCCGACUGGCCGAAAGUCUGUUCAAGGGCCCGAAUGGGUCGGACAAGCCUGGCGGCUGAAGGCAAGCUGCGCCUCGGGAAUGUGGCAGGGGAGCCUGAGCAGGGAGUCGUGCGAGAAAGGUUUGUCAACGACACCCCCUGUGUCACUGUGCCCAACGACACGAUAGCCUGGAUACCUGUCGCCCUGUCGAGGAUUUGGCUGGCUUCCACGCAGGUGACCUGCAGUCCUGGGUUCACUGGUGUGGACCUAGAGCCAGCGUGGCAAAGCCUCAGCUAG